AGUUUUUCAGGCGCAUGCGCAUAAUAUCGACCGAUAAAUAUGGAAGAAUACGCACGUGAGCCUUGUCCAUGGAGAAUUGUAGAUGACUGCGGAGGGGCGUUCUCCUUAGGUAUUAUUGGUGGAUCUCUUCUGCAUGCCUUUAAGGGUUGGAGAAAUGCUCCUAAAGGACAAUAUAGAAGAUUAUAUGGAAGUUUCGCCACUAUAAAACAAAGAGCUCCGAUAACUGGAGGGAAUUUUGCAGUUUGGGGCUUUAUGUAUUCAUCCUUCGAUUGUUCGUUAGCCUUUAUCAGAAAAAAGGAAGACCCUUGGAAUUCGAUUAUGAGUGGAGCAUUAACUGGAUCGACUUUGGCAGUUAGAAGUUCGUUAGCUCUUGAUAUUAGUUUUCUUUUAUUUGACAUAUUUUUAUUUGUUCCAUAGGUGGCGUUGGAGCAAUGGUUGGCGCCGGAGUUUUAGGAGGUGUCUUACUUGCAAUGAUUGAAGGAAUGACUAUUCUAAUGACCCGUUUUACUGCCCAACAACUUAAUAACCAAAGUAAGUACAUUUUAUUGAGUUAUUAUAUUAAAUAUUCUAAUUAUGAACAAUUUUCUUCAAACAGUGUUGGAGCAAAUGAACCAGGCCUCAGAUGGACAAAAUUCUGGACAACAACCGAAACCUCUCUUCUCUUCAAAUGAGACUCAAUAUUCCUAAUGAGUUAUCUAAAUGUAUUAGACACUUCAUUUUUUCUUUGUAUAUAGCUUGUUGUAAUUUUCUGUAAAAAAAACAAAAUCAUCGAAUUUGAUAAAAAUUGUUAAAUGAAGUUUUCUUGAAAAGAAAAAGAAUAAAGAGGCAAAUAAUAAGUUAAAAGUCCAUAUUCCUUUUUCGGGUUCAUUAUAUUUCAUAUGAAAAGGAAUUGUAGACGAAAACAUGCUGUGCACGUGAAAUAAAAAAAUAAAAAACCUGAAGGUCAUACAAGAAAUACGUAAAAAGAUAGUAUAUGGGCAGCCAACUGGUAAAACGAGUUUACUACAGAGAAAAAAGGACCAAAAUUAAUAGGAAGAUAGACUUCUUGCGGGGUUUUUAUUCAUUGCUGCAAAAAAAGUGAAGAAAGAGAAAGUUUUAUAAACUUAUACAGUACAAAGCGAUAUAUCAUAUAUAAACGACUUACAUUUGGUGAAGAUGUAAUUAACAAUGCACUUGGUAAAGUGGAACCAUUUAUUUUCACUCUUCUAGUCUAUCUAUUAUAGAAAACUCCUUUCAUCUGAGCAUUAUAAAAACUUUGAUAAAUAUUCGCAACACUUGUUUUUUGUAAAUUAUUUGAAAGCCAUAAUAAAUUAGGAUUAGGAAGUCGUUAAUUUAAAAGUGACAGUGGAAAACUAAAAUCAUACAAGUGCUUUAUUGCUGAAUCUGCAAAAGACAAAACAAUAACAAUAUUUUUAAUAAGUUAUGGUUAUUAAAUUUAUAUAACAGAUCUUAAAUAUUAAUAAAAGAAAGCUUCUUUUUAUUCCUUUGCUUAACAUCUAAAAAAUACAAUGAAAAAUCGAGAAUGCUGUUUAAUUAAAAUGUUUGUAUUAUUGCGUUGGAAAAUCGACAAACUUUAGAAUUCAUUUUCUAAGAAAAGCAGUUUAAAAAAAAUACAGGGCAGCCAGAUUUCUCUCUUUUUGUAGCCUGUUUAACAAAUGGAGUUAAUUAUGUUUGGUGAAUAUUUUUGAAUAAUAGAAUUAAUCUUUUUCAUUUUUACUUUUUUAACCUCAUUCUAAGGUUAGAAUAAUUUUAAUUAGAAAAUUAAUAAUAGACCGCUAAUUAAUUAAUGAAAUAAACAGAUGAAUAAAUUUAUAGUAAAAAAU